GCUCUCGCAGUUGCACAUUAUGUCCUUGACUUCCUUAAGUAGGUGAUAUUGCUGUGAAACCCACACGUCAAAAUUGAAUCACAGGGACGGGUUUUCUCAAAAAAUGGGGCUUAUUCCAGAUGAGGCAAAGGGUCUUCCUCCUCCGGGGAUCAUGAACUAUAACUCGGCGUGGAUGGCAUUAAUGGGCUGGUGCGUCGUAAUGAUCGACAACGCCGUUAAACUGAGGCCGCCGAUAAGAUCAGGUGUCCAUCGACAGGUUCUGGGCGCAACAGUUGGUUGGUUCAUUGGCUAUCACUUGACAAAAUAUGCAAAUUACAAGUGGGCCAAACGAGACCAGGAAAUGCUUGCAUACAUGAAAUUUCACCCAGAGGACUUUCAGAAAAAAGAAAAAAAGACCUAUGCAGAGAUUGUGGAACCAUUCAAGCCUGUCUUCUAAGUGAGACUAAAAAGAGGAAACCAUUUGUCUAUCACCAUUUGUCUGCAGUGGAUUUUUUUGUUUGGUCAGUCUUUAACUACUGUGUGUUGAAAUGGAACUGUGUAAAUAAUUAAAACUCCUAACAAUAAAACAGUUUGAUCAUA